AGGUGUCGUCACACUCGCUUUCAUACUUACUAGCGUUUUUCCUCUCCUAUUAAUUGAUUCGCCAUCAUAGUUGUUGUUGUACCUAUUGAUUUAAUACUCCUGUCUAUUACCUCUCUCUCUCUCUCUCACUCCUACGCUCUCUUGUCAUGCCGCCCGCACACAUCUUCCUUGUGCGCCACGGGGAGCGGGUGGACCACGUCGAUCCAAACUUCGGCAAGACCUACCCGCGCCCGCACGACUCACCGCUCACGCCGAACGGCGUCGCCAUGGCCGAGGCGCUCGGGGCCUACCUCGUCCAGCACUACCACCUCGCCGUUGCCGAGACCGUCGUGUUCGUCUCCCCACUGACGCGCUGCGUGCAGACGGCAGAUGGCAUCGUCAACGGCGCUCAGCGGGCGGUGGGGGACGGUGCGCCGGAGAUCCCGGUGUACCUUGAGCCUGCGAUUAUGGAGGGUGCCUACUGGAUCUUCCGUGAUAUGAGUCAGAACCGUGACGUCGUGGACCCGAGCGGCGCGACCUUCCACUGCCCGGAUCCCGUGUAUUACGACGCCGCCUUCCACCGCGCGAACACCUCCUCGCACGUGCAACUGACAGACCCUUUCCCCCUCUACCCUCCGCCGAACUUUGUCAUUGAGGACAACAAGCUUGCCGAUCACAGCUUCCCGGAUCGCUGCGUCGAGGGCGCGAAGAAGCUCCUCACCGUCCCUGCGCUGGAUGGCAAGACGGUUAUCUUAGUGGCGCACGGUGAGACGGUGCUGCGGGCGAUGCAAGCCAUGCUUGGCACUGCUUUUCCCGCAAAGCCGGUCAAUCCCUUGUACACCGCCUUUGUGCACCUCUCCUGUGGUGGUCGCGGGGACGAGGCGCGUGUGGUGGCGGAGUCGGAGACCUUUCGCACCCCGCAUCUCCCGGAGGAACCGCAUGAGUACUAA